UCUACAUACAUAUUCGCGUAAAUAAAUACUAGAGUGUAUCGAAAAAAGUUUUAUUUGUCACUAAGUCUUAAGAACAAAAAUUUCUCAUUCAACCAUUUUGAGGAAAAAGAAAUAUCCUUGGCCGCAGCGAAUAUAUGGAUCGAAUUAUCGAGAUAUUCAAAUUUUAGCAUUAAAGCAAAACUCAUUCGCAAUGAGUAUUAUGGAAAAAGAGAAAUAAAUGGAAGUUAUAGUGGUCUAUUAAAAUUAAUACACAAUGAUGAAGUCGAUAUUAUUCUUAAUGCAUUGUUUUACUCAACAUAUUUGAAUUUGAUGGAUUAUACAACCCCAUACUAUAAACAUUACUUCUACUUUUAUAUUCGUCCAGAAUAUGCACCGAGUGAGUCAUGGAUACUUAAAAUAUUUUCUCUCAAUGCAUUUCUGUUUAUUAUCGCAAUGAUGGUCAUUUUUAGCGCUUUAGGAAAAUGGUUAGAAAAACUAAGUCACCAAAUAAAAAUGGAAAACAGUGUUUCUAAAUUCCAAGAUCAUUUAUUUUACACAUUUGCUUCAUUUUGUGCCCAAGAAUCGUUGGAAACACAACAACAAAAGUAUAAAGUAUUUGAAUUAUCUCGAAGAAUUUUCACCUGGUUUCUUCUGCUUACUGUCAGUUCACAUUUAAUUUCAUAUAUGACUAAUACUGAAUUAAAACCACCGUUUACUAACAUUGAGACUCUUCUUCGGUUUACAAAUUAUGAAAUUCUGAUUCAUGAUGGAUCGGCGACAUUUGAAAGAUUUCAGAAUGAAUCCAGACUGAUGUUGAGUGCAGAAGAUCUUUUACGUAUUACCCCAAUGAGUUCGAAAAAAGAUUUAUAUAAAAAAGUUUGCUGGGGUAAAGAUAAAUUUGCAUUUAUUGAAUCAAGUGCUAAACAAUAUACUGAAGAAAUGAAAAUUUGUCCUUUAAUACCCACUGGCGAACCUAUUUAUACAACAUGGGCUACUGCUGGUAUUAAAAAAAAUUAUAAAUACAAACGGACUUUUGAUAUUGGGAUUAUGAAGUUACGUGAAAGUGGUUGUAUACACAAGUUUAAAAAAUAUUUGACUCAGGGCAAGGAAGAAAAAGAACCACAAGGUCCAACAAUCAUACAGUUUACUCAUGUUUAUGUAUUAUUCAUCAUUUUAUUAUCGGGAAAUGUAGCUUCAAUAAUUAUUUGUUUUGGUGAAAAUAUUUUUUUUAAGUACCAAUGUAAAAAGCAAAUUCAACGAAAGCGCUUGAUGGAUAAAAGACGUUUGAAAAAAAUGCCUAAAAUUUCAGUUGCUAAACGGCAAAUUACACCGUAUAAUAAAUCUGUGAUCUUCAAAAUUUUUAAUCGUUCAGAACAUAAAUUUAGAAAUAUCGUUAUAAGAUGA